UUCAUUCUCAUAAAUAGGAGGAAAAAAGAAGUCUAAAGAAGAUUGUUUUUAUGAUUGAAAAAAUGGCAGGAAGAAGAUCAAGAAGACAGAGAAGCAGUUCUAGUUCUUGGAGUUCAGAAUCUUCAUACAACAUGAGUGACUUACAAUAUGGUGCAGAAUUGCCUGAGAAAAAGGCUAAAGAAGAGUUUUUGGCUAACCCCAUAAGAGGGUAUCUCACUGAAGAUGAUACAGCUCUUGAGAAUUCUUCAAUGGGGAGAAGCAGAAAACGAAAUCGGCAUUCGAGGAUAGAGCAACAUGUUAAAGAUGAAACAUUUUCUUCAGAUGAUAAUGAAGAUUCUUCUGGUUCAAGUAAGAAGAGAAAUAGGCGGAGUAAGAGGAAAAGAGCAGGAAUAAGUAGAACAAGGAAAGUAAAUGGUCAAAAACAAAGUAGAGCAACAAUACUUACAUGGCUAUUAGAUUGUGGUGUAAUUCAACAAAAUGCAGAAGUUGUUGUCACAGAAGAGGAGACAACAAAGAAAAUGGGGGAAAUUAAGAAGGAAGGAAUACUCUGUUCUUGUUGUUGUAAUGUUCUUACAGUUGGAGACUUCUAUAAGCAUGCGGGAGGAACAACUAGCAAACCUUACGAGUACAUUCUCAUUGCUGAAACAUGUUGUUCGCUAUUGUCUUCCAUGGCUAAAGCUUGGUAUCUACCAGAAGAAAGUCAAUUUCAUCAGUUUAACUCAAUUGAAACCAGCCAUGAUGCUAGUGACUCGUACGAUGAUGCUUGCAUGAUUUGUGCUGAUGGAGGGAACCUGAUGUGUUGUGACAACUGCAGCUCUACUUACCAUCAUAAGAUAUGCUUGGGAAUGCAGGAGGUUCCUAAUGGUUCGUGGUACUGCCCAUUUUGUGUAUGCAAAAUCUGUGGUGAUCCUGCUUAUGAAAAUGAUUAUUUGCAGAAAUGUCAACAAUGUGAGAAAAAAUAUCACAGGGGGUGCCGUCAAGCCAGAGAACCAGUCAGUUUAGACAUGAAUGAGACCCCAGAAGACACAUUCUGUGACCUUACCUGCAAAAAGAUCUAUGAUAAAUUGGAGAGGCGCUAUCUUGGUGUUGAACAUGAGCUCGAUAAAAGCUACAAAUGGACACUUCUUCAGAACACAGAUAAUGGCUCUGGAAUGAAUAUAGAAGACGAUUAUCAAAGAACUGUGUGUCACUCCAAACUAGUCGUGGCACGACGACUUAUGGAAGAUUGUUUCGAGGAAAUUAUAGACAGGCAUACUGAAAUUGAUGUCAUCAAAAGUCUGGUCUACAACUGCGGGUAA